AUGAUGGCAGUAUUCGGCUCUGCCAGGAUGGCACCGCUGAGAUACCGCCGCUUGGCCGCAGGUGGCAGCACUUUCUCAAUACCAUCAUACCGCCCGGCCGUCUCUCCAGCUGCCUCAUUCUCCGUCAAGAAACAAGCGAGCCGCCUCGUCCACUCCCAGGCCCCUUGCUCCCAGCCUCGACGGUCAGUUCUGGAGGUUGAGCGCAAGUUUGCUCCCACAGCCACCUCCAUCCGCCAGCUUGACCAAAACACCGGCGAGCCACCAUUCGACUCUGUCGUACACAAGGGCGUCACCUGCUUCGAAGAUACAUACUACGACACCCUCAAGGACACCUUAUCCAAAGCCGGGGUAUGGAUACGCCGUCGCGAGAAGCUCGAGUGCGGAGUGCGCCCCUUCACAGGUCCAAAGGGGGCGAGUCCUCCCAAUGCGUCCUGGGAGGCCAAGAUCCGUGUGGGCGGCGACUUCAUCAAUUCCGCAUUCAGGGAGAUCACCGACGUGCACGAGAUCUCAGCCAUGCUGGGCACCCUGGUCCCGGGCUCGGAGCUGGACGCAGACCGCGGACCUCAGGGCGGACAGGUGCGGGAGAUGGCGAGGUUCGUCACCGACAGGACGGGAUACAUCGUUGAUGGGAAGUUUACUGUGGUCAUCGACGUGACUGAUUUCGGACACACGGUGGGUGAGGUGGAGCUGGAGAGGGACGCCACCGAGGCAUCGUGCGAGGGCGUGGACAAGGCGCUGGCGAUUGAAGCCAUGGACAAGGAGAUUGAUGGGUUCAUGAGACGUUUCUGGUGGGCCUUCCCCGCGGGAAAGCCGGUUGGAAAGCUCACUGCAUACUUCGACCGCAAGAGUGAUCGACCACUGGGCGAGCAAAGCUAA